AUGUUUGUGGUUUGUUUUUUUUUAAAUUUUGCAGUGAAAAUGAGGAGUUUAUAUAUUUUUAUUGCUGUCCUGUUCAUCCCGUGGACUUUUUCUUUGGCAAAGUAUGAUGAUUUUGAGGAUGGAGAUGAUAUUAUGGAAUAUGAUGAUAAUGACUUUGCUGAAUUUGAAGAUGUUAAUGAAGAUGCAGUCACAGAAUCUCCUCAGAGGAUCAUCACUACAGAGGAUGAUGAAGAAGAAGCCACUGUAGAGCUUGAAGGUCAGGAUGAGAAUCAGGAAGACUUUGAUGACACAGAUGCACAGGAAGGUGAUACUGAGAGUGAACCAUAUGAUGAUGAGGAGUUUGAAGGGUAUGAAGAGAAACCAGAUGCAUCUUCUAGCAAAAAUAAAGACCCCAUAACAAUAGUUAAUGUCCCUGCUCACCUUCAAAACAGCUGGGAGAGUUACUACAUGGAGAUCCUGAUGGUAACAGGUCUUCUUGCUUACAUCAUGAAUUACAUCAUUGGGAAGAACAAAAACAACCGCCUGGCUCACGCCUGGUUCAACACCCACAGGGAGCUGCUGGAAAGUAACUUUGCUCUUGUUGGGGAUGAUGGCACUAAUAAGGAAGCUACAAGCACUGGGAAACUAAAUCAGGAAAAUGAACACAUCUAUAACUUGUGGUGCUCUGGAAGGGUCUGCUGUGAAGGAAUGCUCAUCCAGCUAAAGUUCCUCAAGAGACAAGACCUGCUGAAUGUUCUUGCACGCAUGAUGAGACCAGCUUCUGACCAAGUGCAAAUAAAAGUAACAAUGAAUGAUGAAGAUAUGGACACCUAUGUGUUUGCUGUUGGAACCAGAAAAGCACUAGUGAGACUCCAGAAGGAGAUGCAGGACCUGAGUGAGUUCUGCAGUGAUAAACCCAAGUCUGGUGCAAAAUACGGGCUUCCAGAUUCCUUGGCUAUCUUGUCAGAGAUGGGGGAGGUCACUGAGGGAAUGAUGGAUGCUAAGAUGGUCCAUUUCCUCACACACUACGCUGACAAGAUCGAGUCCGUCCAAUUCUCGGACCAGUUCUCCGGUCCAAAACUUAUGCAAGAGGAGGGGCAGCUUACAAAGCUACCUGAAACUAAAAAGACUCUUUUGUUUACAUUUAAUGUGCCUGGUUUGGGCAACACUUCCCCAAAGGACAUGGAGUCUUUGCUGCCUCUGAUGAGCAUGGUUAUCUACUCCAUUGACAAGGCAAAGAAGUUCAGACUGAACAGAGAAGGUAAACAGAAAGCUGACAAGAACAGGGCUCGUGUGGAAGAGAACUUCCUGAAGCUGACUCAUGUGCAGAGGCAGGAGGCUGCCCAGUCCCGCCGCGAGGAGAAGAAACGGGCAGAGAAGGAGCGGAUCAUGAACGAAGAGGAUCCCGAAAAGCAGCGUCGGCUGGAGGAAGCUGCUCUGCGGCGUGAGCAGAAGAAACUUGAGAAGAAGCAGAUGAAGAUGAAGCAGAUCAAAGUAAAAGCGAUGUGAGAAGCGUCCCGGUGCCACCUGCAGGGUUUUAAUUCACAGGGUACAAAGACCCAGUUAACUCCAUAAUACUACACUUUUUUUGAACACUAGCAGCCAUUCAGAGAAAUGCUCCUUGCAUUGGUGUUACUUAUUUAAGUGUUACAGCAACAUGCAGGUCUGUAGAGAGCUUUGUCUGGGCAGUUUUACUCCAGGUGGUAUCGAUUUUUUGCUACUUGUCUGUUUAAAAAAAAAAAU